AUAAGAUAAGAUAUUAGCAGAAUGCAAGAAAAUUUAAGUAUUAAGGAAAAAUUAGUUUUAGCAUCCUUAGUUGAAAAAAAUGGGAAUAAUUGGUCCUUUAUUAGUAGAAUGGCUAAACAAUAUUCUGAGCCAGGUAGAUCUUUAGAAUGGUUAAAUCCAAAUCAUUGUGCUCAAGAGUAUGAAUUAUUAAGUGAAUUAAUUAAUGUGAAUAUGCUAUUGAAUUUUAAAAAAACUGGGGACAAUCCAAGUAGAGAACAUGAAAUUAUAAAAAUUUUAACUGAUAAAAGACAAGAGGAAUUAAUGACAUUAAUUGAAGAAGAAACAAACCGUUAUAUCAAACUAAAACACGAAAUAUAUCUGUUAGAAAAUGAUCAAGUUGAUUACAAGCAAAUGCAAGAGAUGCUUAGCGAAAUGGAAUUGCAAGAAAAACAAUCUUCGCAGACAUCAUUUAUCUCUCCCAAAACUCCGGCAAGCGAACUCGAUUCAUCAUUCAAGGUUACCGUAGCUGGUCCUCCAUUUUCUAACACCAUUAUAAAUGAUGCGAAUAUAACAAAAAACUUGCAAGAUAAUACCUCAGUCGAUAAAAUAGAAAACUCCCAUGAUCGUCAGGAAUCAUCCGAGAUUAUCUUAGAAGAUGAAAAAGUUCUAAAGGCCGAAUCCAUCGAACCAUUAGACGAUGGCUUAGAAGAGAUGGAAGAAGAUGACGAUAUAGGAAUGAGCGAAAACAUAUUAAAUGCCUUAAACAAAGUCGAACAAGACGUUGAAAUGCAACAAAAAUUGAUACUGUCUCAGGGAAAAAUUUCUCAGCCAGUGCAUUUGAAUCAAUUGGAUAUACAUGAUUUAGGUCAUGUAGAUUUGCAAGGUUUAUCAGGUAAUGAUUUAUUGAAAGACAGAAGUAUCGAAAAAACGAUUAUAAAACCAGGCACUACGCAAAUAGAAGACGAGGUUGAAAUUAGACUAACGGAAAUCAAUCUAGAGGAAACAGACCAGUUGGAUGGACAAUUAAAAAAAGACGACAAUGUUGCCAUCUUGGUUGGAUCAUCUGUGACGACUAAAUCUUUCGAUAGCAGUGUUCUUACCAAGAAUUAUACCCUAUCACAAUCAUCGAAUAUGCCUAAUGACAUUACUAUUCAAUCUCCUAUAUUGCAAGAAAUACAACCUUCAUCUACCAUCGACGAGAUUGAUAUUAAAAUCCAAUCAUCAAAUUUACUUGAAACAAAAGACGAUUUAAUUUUGUUGCCAUCUAAUAUCGAACAGAACAUAUUGGAGAAAGAGGAUGCUGUUAGAAGUUCUAAAAAAUUCGUUGUACCUACACCUAACAAAAGAGGAAGAAAGAAGAAACUGAAAAUUGAACCUGAAAUUUCACCGGAUAUCUUGAGUUUCGAUGACUCAACUAAUGACAAUUCAACUGUAGUUUCUGAAAAAGAUGAGAAACUCAACGAAGACAAAAUCAACACGGAAUCUAAUGAUAGUGAAAUAAUAUCUUUAGACGCCAAAUCCGAGGAUUUAUACAUGGAUUCGCAAGCAAUGAAACCCGAAAUAAAUAAAGAUUUAACAUAUAAAAUUGAUAUUGAAGCCCGCACAAAAUUUGUAUCUCGAUUGAAAUUACUCUUCAAGACUUCUUUAGAUCCAAAGGUAAAUUCUUACAAAAAAACAUUACCUUACAGUUCAAAUAAACCCGGGGAUAGCAAUAAUACUAAAAAAAAUGUCGGCAGCGAAAAUUUUGUUACAAACAGACCCCCUUUAGAACUCGAUUUUAUCAGACCGGAACUAAGUACCCCUGAACACAAGAUAUGGAAAAAAUCUAUAAUGCUCUUGCAUAACCGGGUAUGCAGUCAUAACUGGUCGGAUAAUUUCUUCCACCCUAUAACCGAUGCCAUAGCUCCUUUUUAUUCCUCCAUAGUGCAUUAUCCCAUCGACCUGGGAACUCUUAAGAAAUGGGUCGAGAAUGGAACCAUCAAAACGACACACGAAUACAGGAGAUGCAUUAUGCUAAUGUUUCAGAAUGCCUUAAUGUACAACUCCGAAGAUCACGUUAUUUACAAAAUGACGCAAGAAACCUACAAGGAUGCUCUUAAAAACAUUGACGAAUAUUUAUCUGCCGCUUCUUCCUCGAAUGUUAAUAUAAGCAUCCCAAUUAUUUGAUGCAUCUAAAAAGAUCCCAAAAAAACUUGAUAUUUAUUAUUAUUUUAUUGGUCCUUAGAAUUAGCAGAAAGGUGUUAAAUUUUUUUCAAAUGAAGUGUUUAGAAUAAAAACAAUGAUAGAGA